ACUUUUAAUAUUCUCAACAUUUUCCGGUAAGAGGAUACGGAGGCCGUUUUGUGCGGGAGUCCGCGAGACACUCCAUUUCUUGAUUUUUUUUAUUCUUUUUCCGGUGGGGUGCGCUCGGUCCGGUCCUUGUUUUCGAGCCGACCAUGAGCUCAGCUCCGGUCCCCAUUCUCUCUCUCUUUUUCCAUCUCAAUCGUUUCCCCCUCUAAGGAGCUAAAAAUGGGGAACAGCAGAUCGAUCCCGAAUCUAUCUCCGCCCUCUUUCUCUAGGUCGGAUUAGCAGAGCAGUGAAAGUGAAAGUAAGGGCGUUGGAGGCUUGCGACUUGUGAGCUACCAAUCGCAUGAGAAGGGUUUGGGGGUUCUUCUAGUUCUAGGGCUUUUGAGGGAACGAGAGGGAAGAUGUCCCAGAACGGGAAAUUGAUGCCCAACCUGGAUCAGGAGAGCACAAAGGUUCUCAAUUUGACGGUUCUCAGGAGGAUCGAUCCCUUCGUCGAGGAGAUUCUCACCACGGCCGCGCAUGUUACUUUUUACGAGUUCAACAUAGAGCAAAGCCGAUGGAGCCGAAAGGACGUAGAAGGAUCGUUGUUCGUUGUAAAGAGGAAUACUCAACCGAGAUUCCAGUUUAUUGUAAUGAAUCGAAGGAACACAGAUAAUUUGGUGGAGAAUCUUCUUGGCGAUUUUGAGUAUGAAGUUCAAGGUCCAUACUUGUUAUAUAAAAAUGCUUCCCAAGAGGUUAAUGGCAUAUGGUUUUAUAAUGCACGUGAAUGUGAGGAGGUUGGAAAUCUCUUCAACAGGAUAUUGAAUGCUUAUUCAAAAGUUCCUCCAAAGCCAAAAGCUGCAUCUAAAAGUGAGUUUGAGGAACUUGAAGCUGUUCCAACUUCAGCUGUCAUUGAAGGCCCAUUGGAGCCACUGUCCUCAUCUGCCUCAGCUAUUGCAGAUGUGCCAGAUGAUUCUUUUGUGAACUAUUUCAGUGCAGCCAUGAAUGUAGGCACUGCUUCUAAUGCUGCAAUUUCUUCACCGUCUCACCAGGCUUUGCUGGUUCCUUCAUCUUCUCAUCCAGCAAGUGUUCCGACAGGACCAUCACUAAUACCUACUCCUACAAUACCAUCUCCUCCCCUGCCAACUUCUUCAGCUCCUCUGGUUCCUGCUAUUCUGGAUGCUUCCGAUUCCAGUACAGGUCGGGUCACUAAUCUUGUGAAGCCUUCAACGUUUUUUGGGCCAUCUUCAUCAUCCGCAUUCAUGGUACCAACCAUCUCAUUGUCCACGCCAACCGCUCCUCCCCUUCAGCCACCAGUUAACCUGCAGCGUCCUUAUGGUGCUCCUAUACUUCAGCCCCUUCCACCACCUAUACCACCUCCAUCGCUUACUCCAAGUUAUGGGCCAGUAAUUACCAGGGAGAAGGUUCGUGAUGCUCUUAUGAGACUUUCACAGAACAACAAUUUCAUUGACCUUGUGUACCGAGAGCUGCUGAAUGCACACUAUUCAUGAUAUCGGGAAAUAUUUGUUAGGAUGCUUCUGCUAUUUCUCAUGUGGAUAAUGAUUUAAUCAUCUUGGCUGCUGUUACUUGUAAGACGAAAAUGUAUAGCUGUCAUAAUGGUACUGUAACCAUGAACGACGUUUUUGUCCUAUUUUUUCUUCCCUUUUUUGCUCCUCUUUUUUUGUGUAAAAGUGAGAACCGUUUAUAUGGCUUGUGGUCUAGGACAUAAGUGUGUACAAGUUUGUAGGCGGUAUUAUGUUGGAAGAUGUUCAUUUUCUUUUCGUA